UGCCAGGGCCUCCGGGUGAAGAAGGUGAUAGUGCCACCUCACGAGAUCAAGGGUAUGGGCGUGGAGUUGGAGUGCCAGUACGAGUUAGGGGACCAGCUCUACUCCUUGAAGUGGUAUAAGGGCAUCAAGGAGUUCUUUCGCUAUGUACCAGCAGACAACCCGCCCAUACAGGUGUUUGAUCUACCUGGUGUCCACGUCGAUAUGGGCAAGAGCAGUGACCGGAAAGUGACAUUAAAGGAAGUGUCACUCAAGACCUCUGGGAAGUACAAGUGUGAGGUAUCUGCUGAAUCGCCCUCAUUCCACACUGACUCAGGGGUGGGAGAGCUGCUGGUUGUCCACACCCCGGAGAGUGACCCUCACAUCUCUGGUACCCGGAACAAGUACCAUGUUGGGGAUGUGGUCCAAGUCAACUGUACCUCUUCACCCUCCAAGCCCGCCGCCGCCCUCAUGUGGUACAUUAACGACAAACAGGCGGAGAGCGGCUCCUUGGUGGACUACGCCCCGGUACCCAACGGGGAAGGCCUCGAGACUUCAAUCCUGGGGCUUCACUUCCGCGCCCGACCGAGUCACCUCCGCCAGGGUCACCUCAAACUCCGCUGCACCGCUACCAUCGCCUCUGUCUACUUCCGCGAAAACACCAUCUACGCCCGCGCCCACCUAACUCACCGCCGCGACCCGCUAGAGAGUCGCGGUAUGUUUACGGGUGUGUCCUCGCCAGGUAUAGCAGGUGUGGAGGUGGUGUUGGUAGUGUUGCUGGGUGUAGCGCUGGUGUUGCUGAGGUAACACUCGCCACCUGACCUCCCUCCUUCUCCACCCCCCAGCUGGCCCUCACACUCCUUCGGCAACGCUUCUCCCACACAGGUGUGUGUGUGUGUGUGUGUGUGUCCCUCACCUGCCGCCCCUCGCCACACCUCACCACUGCUCUACUCUGUGCCAAAAAAAAUUAAAAAUAUAUAACACUGCUUCGUCAACCUGAGAGUGCAACCCUGAAAAAUGCAGUGAAUUCUCUCUUGCCAAUUGAGAGUGCAACUUGAAAAUGCAACCUGGUAAUACUUUAAGUUGAGAAUGCAACUUAAAGACUUAACAUUGGAAAAAAAAGCAACUUAAGUGUGUAUUCUCAGAGUGAAUGUUGAUAUGUGUAAUUUUAAGUAAGUAGCCAUUUGUGAAAAUAUUAUACACAGAAAUGGAACUUAUUUAAGCCCUGAGCUGUGUACAAUGGUUCGUUAAAUGUUUGUGUUGUGACGACGAAGAUAAAUUUAUUCUAAAAAACAACAACAAAUUAAUGAAGUUAACCAUUGUGUUGAGUAUUUGUUUUUGCAAUAUUUUACCACAUCAUUUUCUCCUGCAAUAUCACCUUUUGAGUGUUUGUAUAACUAACUGAGAAUGUAUCUUGCAACACCACCUACAUGAUGCAUUUGUCUUGCAAGAUUACGAGUGUUGAGAAUUUUUGUAUUGCGAUGCUAUCUUAAAUGAAAAUGUCAAUCUUGCAAUAUAAUCAUAAUUGAGUAUUUAUCUUGCAAUAUCACCUUAGUUGAUGUUUUUAUUAUGCAACAUUAUAAUUUUCAACAUUACUGAUCAGCGGAUGAGAAGAAAGAGAUUAUUUUAUGAUACGUAAUAUAAGGUGUCAGACUACAGGUUGUAUAAGCUGAAACAGGUAGCUAUAAGGUAUGAGGCUACAGGUGAUGGUAUAAAUAGAACCCAAGUAAAGUGACUUAACCCCUUUAGUUUGAGGUUUUAACCCUUUACAUACGAUCCACUCCGGGGUUAUGUUGUCCACUCUCACGGGGUUAAACCAACUAACAAAGAUUCAUGGGGUACAUAGAUUACCUUGUUAAUGUGCAACGAGAAUGCUAAUUGCAAGGUUAAUCACAUUCUGCAAUUAUUACCAAGAGAAGCAAGAGAAGGAGAACUAUGUCUCUUGAGAUAAUGAAGGAGAUAAUGAUGAAGAAUUUAAUGUUGCAUGAGUUAUUUUUUAAUGUGCAAUAUUGCAAAAAACGUGAUAUUGCAAAAGUGUUAAUUUUAAGGUGAUAUUGCAAGACAUUUACUUAACGAUUGAUAUUUUGCAAGAUGUUUAACGAAUAAUUCUAGCAAGAAAUUUAACGAAUUGAACAAAAGUGAUAUCGCAAGGGAAAUACUCAACCAACGUGAACAGUGACGUGAAGCCUUUAGUGUAAGGUCGUUGGCAGUGACGUUGGCAGUGACGUUGGCAGUGACGUUAGUGAUGACGUAUCUAGAGUGGCGUGAUGCAGGGUAAAAAAAAGCCGAUACUAGUGAACAUUAAUACCGAUACCAACACCGAUACGACUGUUUAUAUCGAUACUAAUGGGGAUGCCGAUAGCAGUACAUACCUAUAUUGAUACCGAUAACCGAUACCGAUAAGUGCAGAUACCGAUACUACUGCUCAUACUAGUACCGAUAAUAGUAGUACCGAUACCCGCUGCAGCUGACACCAAUUCACAUCUCAGGUAACAAUGAUCACCUUUACUAAUUAAUAUCAAGAGUAGUAUAUUGACCCAAGAGUAAUGCCCUAAUGAACUAUACAAGAAGAAGAAUUUUUACCUGUAGGGAACAUGUUGAAGACACUAAGAAUACGUGAAAAAAAUAAAAAUAAGAUAAUAAAUGUUAAGAAUGAUGUAACAGGGAAAUAGAUGAUAAACAUGGUAAUAUGGUAAAAGGGGGAAUAUAUUAUAAUCUUACUAAUUGUGUUGGUUAGGUGUUGGAACUCAUUAAGAAAGAUGAAAUAAGGUGAAUCUCUUAACAGCUUUGGACCAGGAGUGUUUGGGUAGUGGUGAUGAUAACAGGAACAAAGCGGUGGUAAUAACAGGAACACAGCGGUUAUCAGCAGCGGUAACAGUACCCAGAAACAAGUAACAGCCAACGACGACACUGGCGAUAGUAUAAGAGGAACACCCUCGUCAGAAGCAACAGCCGGAGCAUCAGCGUGGCUAAAACUGUUACUGUGUAUAAUGACGGUGAUAGUAGCAUGUGUCCCUUACAGCUGCAGGCGAUG